AUGGCUCUUCAUCACAUCCGACAGUACCAGGAGAGGGACCACAAAAGGGUCCUGGAAUUGUUCUCCAGUGGCAUGAAGGAGCUUGUCCCUGCUGCCUUCCGCCAGAUGCUGACACUGCCUCAUUCUCUUUUGCUCUUACCUGGGGUGCCUGUGACCAUAGUCCUGGUGUCUGGGUCCUGGCUCCUGGCCACAGUAUACAGCUUCCUCUUUCUCCUUUGCCUCUGGGUCAUUUUCUGGCUUUCUUGCAGAAAUUUUGUGACUACAAGUUUGCAGGCAGACCUGGCUGACAUCACCAAGUCUUACCUGAAUGCACAUGGUUCCUUCUGGGUGGCUGAGUCUGGGGGGCAGGUGGUGGGCAUGGUGGGUGCUCUGCCAGUCAAGGAUCCUCCAAUAGGGAGGAAGCAGAUGCAGCUCUUUCGCCUGUCUGUGUCCUCACAGCAUAGAAGAAAAGGGAUAGGGAAGGCACUGGUCAGAACUGUCCUCCAGUUUGCACGAGACCAGGGCUACAGUGAUGUUGUCCUGAAGGUUGGCUGUGUGCAGUACAGUGCUCUGUCUCUCUACCAGGCCAUGGGCUUCCAGAAGACAGGCCAGUACUUUGUCAGCAUAACCAAGAGGCUAAUGGGCCUUUCUAUUCUUCAUUUCACCUACUCUCUCCAUUUUGCUUGGGAACCGGGGAUGUGA